AUGCCUUCCAAGUUGGAAUCAUGUAUUAUAAAAGCAACUGAUGAGAAACUGACAAGUGACAACUGGGGUUAUAUAAUUGAAGUAUGUGAUACUAUUAACGAUGAGCCUGAGACAGGACCAGCGACUGCUAUUAUUUACAUCAACAAGCGACUUAGCAUAAAGGAUGCCAAUGUUCUCUUACGCUCAUUGUCAUUGAUUAUCGCAAUGGCCGAAAAUUGUGGUUCAAGAAUGAAGCAGGCUAUUGCUACCAAGGGCUUCAUUUCAACUUUUGUGAAAUUAAUAGAAGACUCCAGAAUUCACCACACAAUAAAGCUUAAGAUUGCUAACAUGCUACAUCAACUUUCAGAAUCGUUCAUCGAUGAUCCUUCACUUGCAAUAAUUGAUAAGACUUGCUCGAGGUUAAGAUCUCAGUACCCUGAUCUAUUUGCUCCAGCUCCUUCCAAGCCUUCUAAGAGAGAGAUUUCACAGGACGAUAGACAGAGAGAACAGGAGAUGCUUGACAGGGCUCUCAAACUUUCUUUGGAGGAAUACAAUAGAACUGAAUCUCCGCCGUUGAAAAAAAACGAAACAUUGAAAUCAAACCCCGAGUUUGUAACGGUGGAUAACUCGUAUAAGUGGUCCUCAGCAGAUUCUCACCAGAAGCUCGAUGAGAAAGUAGACAGCCAUCCUAAGUUUAAAUCCUCCAGUGUAACUUCUGUAGAGGAUAAUGAACCUCUCAGUGAAAUAGUGAAUACAGGUAGUAUAGCAAAGGUCGCUAAAGUCAGGGCUUUGUAUGACUUGGUGAGUAAUGAAGCUGGUGAGCUCUCUUUUCACAGAGGUGAUAUCAUAACCGUUCUCGCUAGUGUUUACAAAGACUGGUGGAAAGGUUCUCUGAAAGGCAAAGUAGGAAUUUUUCCUCUCAACUAUGUUACACCAAUCAAAGAAUUAACCGUUCAUGAAGCGAUGGAAGAAGCCGCUAAAGAGUAUCGUAUCUGGAAACAAUCUAGACAGAUUGACCUCUUUCUCAAUAAACUGACUGAAGUACAUGCCCUUGUGACAAAUACUGGCAACUACGAUGCCCUCAACGAUCUUCUCGAAGAUGAAACCAUAUCCAAAUUAUACAAUAGUCUUACACCCUUGAGACCUCAGCUGACACGACUGAUCGAGAAGUAUAGUAACAGAAAAGAAGAAAUGUUGUCUUUAAACGACAAACUUAUCAAAAGCGAGCGGCUCUAUUCAAACUUGUUGGAGGCUUCUGUCUCUCGGUUUAAGAGUGCACAUGAUUCAGCCUACUCCAACGAUGAUCCACGACAAGCUUAUAGUUGA